AUGUGUAAUGUUGAUAAUAAUGGAAGAGAGUUAAUCCUACCAUCCUUGUUCACUACACAUCAUGAUACGGUUAAUACAGAACAACUUCUCAUGUGUAAUAACACGAGUCAGGCCUUAAGUAAGAGCUCUACCCCCAAUGAUUACAAGAAUAUUUACGAUGGAGUGAGAAGCCAUUCAUGUAAUGAAACUGGGUGUAAAACUACACAAGACUCUAACCCUAUGAAACAUCAGGGACCUCAAUCUUCAGACAAAGAUUCUAACAAUAGUACAUGGAGGAAUAUCUUUUAUCAAACAUCAGGUUUUCCACUAAAUGAGAGUACACACACUGGAGAGAAGACUUACAAUUGUGAAUAUGGUGAUGUUUCUAAUCAGUCUUCAAAUUUCACUCAACAGCAGAGUAUUCAGAAUCCGCAGAAAAGUUACAAGUGUAAGAAAUGUGAGAAAGCCUUUACUAACUCAUCCAGUCUAAGUAGACACAGGAAAAUUCAUUCAGGAUGGAAACCUUUCAAAUAUAUAGAGUGUGGCAACACCUCUAAUCAGAAUUCAAAGCUUAGUCAAGAUCAGCAAAUCCACACUGGCAAGAAACCUUAUGAAUGUAAGGAAUGUGAAAAAGCAUUUAUGUGUUACUCAAACAUUAGUAGACAUCAGCAAAUUCACACUGAGGAGAAGCAUUAUAAAUGUAUAAAGUGUGGCAAAGCCUUUAAUCAGAAGUCACAUCUUAUUGAACACCAGGGAAUUCAUACUGAAGAGAAGCCUUAUAAAUGUAAAGAAUGCGGAAAAGCCUUCAGUCACAACUUAACUCUUACUAACCACCAGCGAAUUCAUACUGGAGAGAAGCCUUAUAAAUGUAAGGAUUGUGGCAAAGAAUUUCACCAGUGCUCAGGUCUGAUUUACCAUCAGGGAAUUCAUACUGGAGAGAAACCUCAUAAAUGUACAGAAUGUGGGAAAUCCUUUAGUCAGAACUCAGCUCUUACUCAACACCAGCGAAUUCAUACUGGGGAGAAGCCUUAUAAAUGUAAGGAUUGUGGCAAAGCCUUCAGUCACCCCUCAACUUUUACUAAACACCAGCGAAUUCAUACUAGGGAGAGGCCUUAUAAAUGUAAGGAUUGUGGCAAAGACUUGAGCAGGCACUCAGGUCUUACUUACCAUCAGAGAAUUCAUACUGGAGAGAAGCCUUAUAAAUGUAAGGAUUGUGGCAAAGCAUUUAGACAGCACUCAUGUCUUACUAAACAUCAAGUAAUCCAUACUGGAGAGAAAUCUUAUAAAUGUAAAGAAUGCAGAAAAGCCUUCAGUCACUACCCAAAUCUUACUCAACACCAGAGAAUUCAUUCUGGAGAAAAGCCUUAUAAAUGUAAAGAAUGUGGAAAAGGCUUCAGUCACCACUCAAAUCUUACUCAACACCAGAGAAUUCAUACUGGAGAGAAGCCUUACAAAUGCAAGGAUUGUGGCAAAGAAUUUAACCAGUGCUCAAGUCUUACUUACCAUCAGAGAAUUCAUAUUGAAGAAUAACCUUAUAAAUGUAAAGAAUGCGGAAAAGCCUUCAGGCACCACUCAAGUAUUAUUCAACACCAGGGAAUUCAUACUGGAGAGAAACCUUACAAUUGUAAAGAAUGUGGAAAAGCCUUCAUCAAGUACUCACGUCUUACUCAACAUCAGAGAAUUCAUACUAGAGAAGUGGCAAAGGCUUUAAUCAGAGCUCUCACCUUAUUAGACAUCAGAGAGCACAUACUGGAGAGAAACCCUACUAAUAAGUGA